CUACUCCCCUCUCCACAGAGACACAAUACACUGGAGGGGGCUCAGCUCGCAUGUCUCUCCUCAUCCUGCUGUCUAUCUUCACCUGCGCGGCUUCUGUCAUGUACAUAGUGUACAGGAAUUUCCCAGAGCUCAACAAUGAUGAGAUGGCUACUAUUAAAAUCCCCAAAGAUAUGGAUGAUGCCAAAGCCUUGGGCACUGUACUUUCCAAAUAUAAGGACACCUACUACACCCAAGUGUUAGUAGCCUACUUUACCACCUAUAUCUUCCUCCAGACAUUUGCGAUCCCUGGAUCCAUCUUCCUCAGCAUCCUGUCUGGUUAUCUCUACCCUUUCCCCCUAGCUCUUUUCCUCGUCUGCCUGUGCUCUGGCCUGGGGGCUUCCUUCUGCUACAUGCUGUCUUAUCUAGUGGGGCGACCUGUGGUCUACAGAUACCUGACAGAGAGAGCCCAGAAAUGGUCCCAGCAGGUUGACAAGCACAGAGAUCAUCUCAUCAAUUACAUAAUAUUUCUGAGAAUCACUCCCUUUCUCCCCAACUGGUUCAUCAACAUCACCUCACCCGUCAUCAACGUGCCUUUGGGGGUCUUCUUCCUUGGUACUUUCUUUGGAGUGGCCCCACCGUCCUUUGUGGCGAUCAACGCUGGCACAACACUGUACAAACUGACGACAGCUGGGGAGGCAGUGUCCUGGAACUCUCUGAUUGUACUAGGUGUCCUGGCCGUACUCUCUAUCCUGCCUGUCUGCUUCCAGAAGAAACUGCAGCAGAAGAUGGAGUAGACAGUAGACAAAAUAGCAACUCCUCUGCCUGAUCCUCCUGCCCGUCCCUUGGCUCAGGAAUGGUACAUGCCGCUAUCACUCACAUGGUCCUGCCUGUUGCUGUCCCACACACCUGCUGAGGUUGCUGUGGAAACAUUGCCCGUUGGCACAACCAUGACUCCUGUGUCCAAAACAUGUGGUGGUGGCCACCUCAACUUUGUGCUCUACAAAGGACUAAAUGGCCUCUGCUCACCCUCGGGUUUGUUUUCCCAUUUUUGUUCAAUGUUGCUUGCCUGUAAAUUGAAGAUUCAAGAAAAGAUACAGAAAACAUCAGGCAUCUGUCUUUUAAUAUUGUUUUUAAUCACAAUGGUUCUCACAAGUUCAAGCUACACUUCCCUCUUUGUAUUUAUUUAACCAUGUUUUAAAUGUAUUUGAUCUCUUAACCUGUGUGAUAUGGGUGACAUCAAAGCAAUACUGAUCAGAGUCGCAGUUCAAUGUUUUUGAUUUUCACAAUUUGAAGACGAUUGUUAUGGCUGUUUUACACUGGUUAGAAUGUGAACAUAUUAAAUAAUUUAGCAUUUUC